GAAUCGACUUUCUUUUGUUGCAAUGCCCGACUAUUUGAAUGAUACCAGCAUAUUCAAAAUAAAUUCAGAAUAAGGCUUCGAUGAGUGCUCGAGCCAGUACUCAAUUGGCGACGGCAUGGUCUCUGCGCGCCUACGGCGCUCCACGAAAUCGCGCCUGCUCCGGAUCGCGCUGAUUAUAAGUUUGAUCUGGAGCUUGGUAGAAGUGGUCAUUAUACGGCGAGAGCUGGCUCUCCAAGAUCAACUACAAAACCACCGAAUCCAAGCAUUCGAUGGGCGCCAUCAUAAAAUCUACAUUGCCAGCGAACACUGGAACAAUGAAGCCGUGCUACGAGAAUCCUGGAACGCGGCACUGGUAGACCUGACGAAGAUGCUCGGCCCGCAGAAUGUCUACGUGAGCAUCUACGAAAGUGGGAGCUGGGACAACACCAAGGACGCUCUGCGGGAGCUUGACACCGAGCUUGAACGACUGAGUGUUCCGCGGAACAUUACCCUCGAUGAGCACACGCACGAGGAUGAGAUUUCUCGACCACCGGGAACGUCGGGAUGGAUUGAUACGCCGAGAGGCAAGAAGGAGCUUCGUCGAGUACCGUAUCUCUCUAAAAUCAGGAAUCUGACAUUGCGCAAACUCCACGAACUUGCUCAGUCAGGGGAGACAUUUGAUCGCGUAUUGUUCUUGAAUGAUGUCGUAUUUACUACGCAAGAUAUUAUGGCGCUCUUAGCUACCAAUGAUGGUCAAUACGCAGCUGCAUGCUCUCUGGACUUUGCCAAGCCGCCGACGUACUACGACACAUUUGCGCUGCGGGACUCGCAAGGCCACGAAACCGUCAUGCAGACAUGGCCGUACUUUCGUUCUCGGGCAUCACGAACCGCAAUAAAAUAUGGCCAACUUGUACCCGUUUCCAGCUGCUGGAACGGAAUAGUGGCCAUGGACGCUAGACCCUUUAUUGAUCUUGACCCGCCUUUACAAUUUCGCGGCAUCCCGGAUAGCCUGGCGCGCGCGCACCUCGAAGGGUCCGAAUGCUGCUUGAUCCACGCGGACAACGGAUUGUCCUCGUCAGCAGGGGUCUGGCUGAACCCAAACGUUCGCGUCGGGUACCGGCGUGCGGCGUAUGAUGCCGUGCACCCUCUCAAUGGCGAAGCAUGGGUAUCCGCGUGGCAAGUAUUUACCGGCCUGUGGCAGAACCGGAUCCGGAGAUGGACCACCACGACGCGAUUCAAGUCGUGGACUGUCGGCCGCCGCGUAAAGGAAUGGGAAAAGCUGCACCCUGAUGAGCAGGAACCUGGGGAAUUCUGUCUCAUUAAUGAGAUGCAGGUCCUUGUCGAGAAUGGCUGGGCACAUGUUUAAAGAGCGCCAAGCAAAGAUUUCUGUUACGGCUACGUUUAUGGAAUUAUAUUAUUCUACCACGUAUAGUGUAGUAUUAUUGUAUUAUACAGAGUACUGUAUCAAUAUAUUGCCAUCCCAGAG